UCGAUUUGCAUGGAAAUUACACCGAAACCCCGCCUACACCGUAGUAUUCAGGCAUGCCUUGAAUCACAGGUAAAAACUAACCUCUCCACUCAGAAGUUGUUGAAGGUUGAAAAGUUACCUCGCCCCAUCUAGGAGGAACACUAUUUACCGUAGCUUUUGCCCGCAUCCUAAGUUGGAUUCAGGUUUGGUGUAUUUUGUGAAGAGGACUGGUUGGAUUUACAGCGCGAACGAGAAAGUCCGGUUCCGACAUAAGAUGACUCAGGAGUACGGCAAAGAGAGGACGGUCCUGGUGCUCCAUGGGGAGGCCCCGGCAGGCGGAGCCCAGCGGCAGCAGGUGUUUGUGGACGAGGACGAGGCCUGGAGGUCCUUCCUGGAGAAUCCACUGACUGCUGCGUCCAAGGCCAUGAUGAGCAUCAAUGGGGAUGAGGACAGUGCAGCUGCCCUCAGCCUUCUCUACGACUACUAUAAGGUGCCAAAGGAGAAGAUGGUCAAAACUGUGAAGAUAGAAGCAGACAGUGAUUGCAGUCUGACAGAACUGGGAACCUUUCAAAAACCCUCUCAGUCGAUGGCCUCUCUCAGGACGGUCCCCCUCAGUGGCAUCCCCCAGCUCAGCCUUGCCAACUGGGAGAAAGGGUCGGCCUAUCAUCCCUUCGACUCCCCGACGGGGAGCACCUACCUGCGGAGCCAGGAGGGGGCGUCCCAGUCCCUGCCUGUAGGGGGCCCUGCUGCUCAGGGGUCCCGGUCGGAGGCUGCAGCGUUCCUCCGCCAGUUUAGCCCCAGCUACAGCCUCCGAGUGCAGGCCCAGACACCAGACUCCACCUACACAGAGGGCCUCAGUGGGACUUCAGAGGAGGUGUUCCCCCUCUCUGACGAGCUGCAUUCACACCUCCCCUCCAUCUCUCCCGGGAGCUACUCUCACAUCAGUAAGCCUGGCAGUCAGCAGUAUGAGUACACAGUGGAGGCCCCUCGCUCAAUGUCUCAGAAGAGUGGUGUGAUGAGCUACCUCAACAAGGGCCACUUCUACCCCAUCAGCCUGCGCUGUCAGAGUGGCUCCAUGGCCGAGCCCCAGACCAGCACUACUGUGAGAAGUGUGGUGAUGGUGGUGUUCCAUGAGAAGUGUGUGGACGAGCAGCUCAAGUCGUGGAAGUUCUGGCACAGCAGACAGCCCUCAGCCAAACAGCGCUGUAUCGACAUCGCGGACUACAAGGAGAGCGCCAGCACUGUGGCCAAUAUUGAGGACAUUUCCUUCAAUGCCAUUUCAUUCACGUGGAACACCAAGGAUGAGCCCAGAAUAUAUGUCUCAGUGAACUGUCUAAGCACAGACUUCUCCCCCCAGAAAGGGGUGAAGGGCCUCCCCCUCAACCUGCAGAUUGACACCUACAGCUGCAGUAACCACGGCGACCAGCUCCUGCUGCACCGUGCCUACGGCCAGAUUAAGGUAUUCUGCGACAAGGGGGCUGAGCGCAAGAUCCGUGACGAGGAACGCAAGGUGAUGCGCCGCAAGGGACGUGGUCAGGACGGUAGCAACACAAGGACAGGUAGCAAAGGCGCCGUGCAGCAGAGCCAUGUUGACAUAACAGUCUUCAAGUCCAUGAGCGACAUGGCCACACAGCCGGUCCUGUUCAUCCCAGAGGCGCUUUUUGCCACGACUCAGCGACAUGGCAGUCCUGUGGAGGAGGGACGCCAAAGUGUGGCAGUGAGGCGAUCGCCCUACUCAGCAGAGGAGUUUGGCUGCACUCCCAGCAAGAGAGCCAGGCGCGACGAACCCGAGAGAGUGCUGCUGUACGUGCGUCAGGAGACAGACGAGGUGUUUGAUGCUUUGCUGCUGCGGACGCCCACUCUGCUCGGCCUGCUGCAAGCGAUUUCAGACAAAUACAAGCUGCCGGUGGAAAAAGUGUUGAAUGUUUACAAGAAAUGCAAAAAAGGGAUUAUUGUAAAAAUGGACGACAACAUAGUGAAACACUAUUCCAACGAAGACACAUUCCAGAUGGACUUAAAGGAGGAGAGGGGCACGUUCUCCCUGAUGCUGACGGAGAUCUGAGCCGGGAGGGG